UAGACCUGAAUCUGACUGGAUUAAAAAUAUUGAGUUAAUUGAGUGUGCUAAUGUGCAAGACUAAUUAAAUCAUUGGACAAUUCCUCCAGUUCGUUAUUAUUGCAAAAAUUGAAAUGUCCAACGGAAGGAUCGAAUAUAAGAAAAUUGAUCUUAUUUUUAGUAAGGAAACCAAUAUUACAACGCGGGGAGAACGAUUUUUGCAACAGUUCUCAGUUUUUCUUUGUUUUUUACCAGCUGAAAUGUCCAACCUUGAGAUGGAUUCUUUGUUUUGUCUUUAUUUGAAUUUUUUUACAUUUGCUAAUUUUAUGCCAAACUUUUGUGGAUUAUUGAUUCGUCUCAACGAGAAGAAUCGGAAUCGGAAACCUUUUUUUACUUUUACUCAAAUAUUUUGAAAAAUAACCACUUUUUAAGAAAAUAAAUUAGCUUAUUUUCCCAAAAAGGAAAAAAAAAAGAAAGAUGAAGAGGUCGUCUUACUAAAAAAAUCCUAUCAUUACACUACUCCUAAACACCCCUUAAUUUUUGAUCCCCUAGCUGACCAUUGACUUGGGGUUGAAGUGCCAUGGAGGCUAUAAAUAUGUUGUGAGUUCUUUCACAUAGUCUGCACAGGCCUUCAACUAGCUUCCAACUGGUAAUAUUAAUCCUGCGGCAUGUAUUCCCCUUUUAGAAGGAUAGAGAUAUUAGAUACCACAAGAUUUCUGGUUAAUUUCUCGGAACUAACACUUGGUUUCUACCCUUUUAUCUGUACUUUCUUGCCAUGCAAACCAUGAAGCUUAAUCUCAUUUAAUUUCUAUGACUUGUACGUACGGGGCCUAUAUAUGUGCUGUGUUCGUGGGUAUUUAGCUUUUGUAUCUUAUUGUGUAGGGGAUCGUGAUGGUAGAUUAGAACUGUGUUGUAUACGUAGUCGCUUUCUGCAGCUAGCAUCGCACGAGUUUGUUAACGGUACUAUGGUUGAUCCUAUCACCAUUGUGGCUAUCAUCGGAGGCAUUACAAGUAUCGUCUUGAAAGCAUAUCUAGAUUUGAUAUCACAGAAUAAGAUAAAGGUGAUAGAGAUCCAUCAUCUGGUCCAAUAUCACAAUCACUGUGAGAGGCAGAGGCAGACGAAAGGGUACGAGGUCCGGGACUUCUACCAUGGCAUACCACGACAAUCGGAACGGCAGGUCCCUGCCAUUGUACGCCAACCGCAACCGCAACAGCAAGUCGCUGGUACGACAACCGCAACGGCAGGUACGCCAACCGCAACGGCAGCGACUAUGCAACAACUAGCUACUACUACUACUGAUAGAGCCUUGUUGAAUGCAACGAUGCAAUAUCACGAUCACUGUGAGAUGCAGAGUCAGAUGCAGACGAAAGGGCAUGAGGUCCGGCACUUCUACCAUGGCGUAACACGACAACUGGAACAACACGUUGCUGCUGUCGUACGCCAACCGCAACCGCAGCGGCAGGUCGUUGGUCAUUGCCAUUGUACGACAACCGCAACGGCAGGUCGCUGCCUUUGUACAACAACCGCAACGGCAACGACGAUGCAACAACUAGCUACUACUACUACUGAUAGACCCUUGGAGAAUGCGACGAUGCAAUAUCACGAUUACUGUGAGAAGAGGCAGACGAAAGGGCACGAGGUCCGGCACUUCCACCACGGCGUACCACAACAAUCGGAACGGCAGGUUACUACCGUUGUACGCCAACCACAACACCAACGGCAGGUCACAGGUCGUUGUCGUUAUACAACAACCGCAACGGCAGGUAUGCCAACCACAAUGGUAGCGACGAUGCAACAACUAGCUACUACGAUUAUUGAUAGACCCUUGGGGACUACGACGAUGCAAUAUCACGAUCACUAUGAGAGGCAGACGAAAGGGCACGAGGUUGGGCACUUCCACCACGGCGUACCACGACAACCGCAACGGCAGGUCGCUGCUGUUGUACGCCAACCGCAAUCGCAACGGCAGGUCGCUGCCGUUGUACGACAACCGCAACGGCAGCAACGAUGCAACAACUAGCUGCUACUACUACUGACGGACCCUUGGGGAAUGCUUUCUUUGUGUUUCUUCUGCUGUUGGAAUGCUACAGUAUCUUUGUGUGCUUCUUGUAGUUUGAAUAUGCAUCCGUUGCUUUAAUGCUUUCUUUAAUGUUGUUCCGUUGCUUUAAUGUUGGUUGUAAUUUGAAUAUGCAUCCGCGACUGUAGUUGCUUUAAUGUUGUUCCCCGUCUUGUUUGUUAUUUCAAUUAAAUGCAGACUUUGUAGGAGUUAAA